GUUGAAACGUCAAUACAAUACUGAAAAGUGAAAAGAAAAUCUUUGUAAUUAUUCGGAAAAUUAACUGGAACUUGUUGAAAUCUGCAUACAUAUGAGUGGUACAAGCCGUAAAGGCCCGGUAUUCGACCCGGGCCUGUGCCGUUGUUGCGGCGCGCUGAAGAAAUGUCGCCUGUUGAACCACGAAUACGAUUGGCAGGGAAAGAAAGAAGUGUACUCAGAUAUGUUCGUGGAUUGCUUUGGUUUAAUGCUUUCACACCUAGAUGGCUCUGAGCUGGAGCGCCUGAUCUGCGCCACCUGUGUGCUGAGACUGCGGGAUGCCAGUGCAUUCCGAGGACAGGUGCUGCGCUGUGAGGAGACGCUGCUUCAGGCCAGCAUACAUGUGCAUGGAGAAAAUGUGACUCCAGAGGUGAAACAGGAGCCAGAAGUUAAACUGGAGGAGCGGCCCGAGGAAGUGUCGGAGCCGCCUGAAGCCCCUGAAGACGAUGUCAUGGACCCGGACUAUGUGGAUGAUGGCGUCGAUAACGGGGAUUUAGACGUCACAGUGGCGAAGCCAAAGAAAUCUCUGAAGAAGGAAAAGAAGAAAGUGAAGCGGCGAGAGAAGCGCGGCAAGCGCGAGCUCGUGGAGAAGAUGAGGAAGACUGGAGAAAGGCUGAGGAAACUGGAGAAGAUCGAAAUCCAACCGGCGGUCGAGAAGAAGCGAGUUGUGGACGCGGACUAUAAGGCGUAUAAAGACUGCGUGACACUAGUAGAGAGUUCGUUUGUCUGUCCGUUCGACACUUCCUUCAGCGACUACUUCUGUGUCUACUGUCGACAGGUAUUCACGGACCCUGACAAGCUACGCGAGCACACUCUAACUCACGACCCAUCCGCCUAUAAAGACAUCGUGACAGCUGUCAAAAAGCUCCCCCAAAUCGACGUCCACCGAAUAGACUGCCGCCUCUGCCCUGUCAAAAUUGACACCCUUGACAUGUUCAAAGAUCAUCUCAAUAAUGUCCACGGAAUGACAUUCUAUCCCAACCCUAGCGAUUUUCUUAUUUACAAACUAACUUUAACUAAUUUAACUUGCUUAGAAUGUAACCAAACUUUUGGUUUUUUCCACGCGUUAAGAAAGCAUAUGGCGGAACAUUUCGGUACGUGUAUCUGCGACGUUUGCGGCGCGCAUUAUUUCGAAGAACGUAUGUUAAUUUUACAUCAAAAAACACAUCAGAGAAUCGAUGAGAAUUUCCCGUGUAAAGAUUGCGGGAAAAACUUCAAAUCAAAGCAUAGUAGGUACUUACAUGAAGCGCGAACACAUAAGAAGGAGCCGGCGUAUCAAUGUGUAAAAUGCGACGCUGUGUUAUUUUCUUACACAUUAAGAUAUCGUCAUAUGAUCGAGGUGCAUGGCGAAGAGAGGCUUUUUCCAUGCGAACAUUGCGAUAGAGCUUACGACAGUAGAAAAUCACUUCGAGAACAUAAUAGACGAUCCCAUUUAAAAAUAUUUAAACAUCAAUGCGAUUUGUGUGACAAAAGAUUCUACCUACCCUCAAGGCUUAAAGAGCAUAUGGCAACACAUACUGGGGAAAGGAAUUAUAGGUGCGAGUAUUGUGGCAAGAGCUAUCCGAGACUUAGAGGCUUGAAAGUGCAUAUGCAGUCGCAUGGGGCCGAGAAGAAGUUUAGAUGUACGUUGUGUGGGGCGGCGUUUACGCAGAAUGUAAAUUUGAGGAAUCAUGUUAAGAGACAGCAUCAGAGCUUAGAUUUGGAUGAAUUUCACGAUUAAUAUGAAUAUACACUCACAUGACCCACAAGAUAGCAGAACCAUAGAGCUGCCAUUCUCAAAGUGUGUUCCGCGGAACCCUAGGGUUCCGCAAAGCCUCUGUUGGGGUUCCGCGAAAAUAUACUUGUAAUAAUAAGAAAAAAACCAGCUCUUCUAUAGGUAUAUCUGGUCCACAGUGAUGAACGAACAUUUUUAAUUUGGGGUUCCGUCAAAUAUUUCGCUUGCCGAAAGGGUUCCGUCACCAAAAAAGUUUGAGAACCGCUGCCAUAAGAGUAAUAAUAAUAUAAGUAAAGAAAGGGUGGUAACUCCAUACAUCAGUUACAUUUUUCGUCAGUAGCUACACUUGUCCGACUUUCAAUCCGGAGGUCGCGGGUUCAAACCCCGGCUCGUACCAAUGAGUUUUUCGGAACUUAUGUACGAAAUAUCAUUUGAUAUUUACCACUAGCUUUUCGGUGAAGGAAAACAUCGUGAGGAAACCUGCAUACAUCUGCGAAGAAAUACAAAGGUGUAUGUGAAGUCCCCAAUCCGCAUUGGGCUAGCGUGGGGACGAUAGCCCAAACGCUCUCGUGCUUGAGAGGAGACCUGUACCCAGCAGUGGGACGUAUAUAGGCUAAAUUAUUUAUUAUUAUUAUAUUAUUAGCUACACUUGUGACAUCUGGCGUCAAGUAGGGGUACUGAUAGUUCCACUACUUGACGUUAGAUGUCGAUUACGAAAUAACUCGCGUUUUGGUAAGAAAACCGAUGUAUGGAGUUACCACUCUUUCUUUACUGAUAUUACUCUAUGGCAGAACCUACUAUGCACAAGAAAAUGUAUAAGAACGGUAGAUGGCAGCACUUGUUGUGGCAAUGUAACAUGUUUAUGUUUUUGAUUCAGGCCGCAAGAUGGCAGGCCCUCUAACUAUUUGCUAUUUAGGGUUGUCAAAAUUCAAGUAAUUAUAUUAUCCGUGGUCGUGCACGCAAAGGGACGUCGAGUUGUGCCAACCCUAAUAAUUGCUCGGGGCAAUGCUGAGCCGAACGGAGCCGAGUUUGCCCGAAAUCAGAAGUGUCCCCAACGUACGAGAACGGUAGAUGGCAGCACUUGUUAUGGCAAUGUAAAAUGUUUGUGAUUCAGGCCACAAGAUGGCAGACCCUCCAACUCCAGCUGUCAAACUCGAGUCGUCAUUUUAACUUUAGGGGUCAUGCAUUAA